AUGUGGUGGGACGAUGUCACCCGUGAACAGAAAGUUGGGGUUGUGCUGGUGAAAUUGGGGGAUGAGUCAGACCCCCCGCACACCUUCGUUCCUCCUCGGAGCAUUCGGAGGACCCCCACUUCUGCGUGGAUCUUCACCCUGAACCUUCCACCCCCAGACGAGCUGUCCCAGCCUUCACUCUCUCCAUCUUCUACAACCCCAGCCUGCUUUUCUGCUCCCUCCCAACACCGACGGGCCCAUCUGGACCCCCAGUCAGCCUCCUCCCUCAGUGGGGGGCAGCGGGAGUCACCAGCGGCCCUGGAUGUGGACCUGCAGCCUCUUCAGCAUGGCUCAGUGGGGGACCUGAGUGACGCGGGACAGCAGUCCCACCAUGACGCGUCCACACUAACCGACCUGUGCUCCGACCUGCCAGAGCUGGAGAUCGUCAGCCUCCUGUCAGAGGGUCAGCCCAACUACACUCUCCGAGCAGACAGUGUGUUUGGAUAUGACAGUGAGGACUGGCUGCAGACCCCCCUGCUGCCCCCGCAGGUGGUGCUGGGACUCACCCACGAGCAGAUCCAGGAGACGCUCAAGUACUUCUUGCUGUGCUCCGACAGAGUGGGGCAGGUCACCAAGACGUAUCAUGACAUCAAAGCGGUCACCCACCUGCUGGAGGAGAAAGAGCGAGAUCUGGAGCUGGCCGCUCGCAUUGGCCAGUCGCUCCUCAAGCAGAAUCAGGAGCUGACGGCCCGAAAUGAAAUACUGGACGAGCAGCUGGAGGCGGCGAAAGAAGAGAUUGCGCAGCUUCGCCACGAGCUCUCAAUGCGGGACGACCUCCUGCAGUUCUACGCCAGCACGGAGGAGCUGGAGAGCGCUCAGCCGCACUCGCCAAUCAAAAGGAACGAGUCGAGCGGAUCUCUCAGCAGCUUCAUCCACUACGACUUCCUGCAGAAGAAACUCAAGACUCUGGAGGAGGAGAACCACAAACUCAGAGAGGAGGCCAGCGAGCUCUGCACCGAGACCACCAGCUAUGAGGAGCAGGAGCAGGAGCUGAUGAUGGUGUGCGUGGAGGAGCUCUCGUCUGCCAACAAGCAGGUGGUGGAUCUCUCAGAGGAGCUGGCCCGGAAAGUGGAGGACUCUCUGCGGCAGCAGGAGGAGAUCAGCUCUCUGCUCGCUCAGAUGGUUGACCUGCAGGCCCGCUGCAAAGAGCUUUCCCAUGAAAAUGAGGAUCUGAGCCAACAGUUGAGCAUCUGCAGAGAGAGCCAGGCUAGACUCCGGUCAGAGCUCAAGGACUUGCAGGACAAAUACUCAGAGUGCGAGGACAUGCUCCAGGAGGCACGAGAGGACAUUAAGAACCUGCGGAACAAGAGUCUGCCCAACAGCACGGUGCAGCGGUACACGGCGCUGACCUCGGUCCUCCCCAUGGACUCUUUGGCAGCAGAGAUCGAGGGCACCUUCCGCAAAGGCCUGGACACCCCCGUCCCCUCAGAGUACAGGAACCACCCGUGGCGAGUCUUUGAAACUGUGAAGGUGGUCAACAAGGCGGGGCGUGUUCGGUCUCGCUGCCAUUCGCCGUGUCUGCCCGGCUCCAGCCCGCCGUCUGCCCCCUGCAGCCGCACCAGCACCCCCAGAACCAGCUACUACGGCUCUGACAACGCCAGCCUCACCUUGGAGGACAAGCCCGGCUCCGCUCAGGCCGCAAAGGAGGACAGCAGUGCCAGCGGGCCAAAACGUCUGGGUCAGCCCGGCACCCCUGGAGGACAGGACCUGGAAGCGGCGCUGCGCAGCCUCUCCGCCCGGCAGCAGAACCACGCGUCCGACCGGCCCUUCUUCGACGUGGAGCGGGAGCGGAAGCUGCACGUGCUAGCGACGCACUGCGGGGGAGGGGACGGCUCCAGCGGCUUCCUCACCCCCAACGACAGCCUGGCGUCCAGCCCGGCAGCCUCCACCGGCACGAACUACUCCAACGGCAGCUCUCAGCACUCCUGCGGCUCCUCCGGAGGGUCCAGGUCCUACCUGCCCGACCGACUGCAGAUCGUGAAGCCUCUGGAAGGCUCGGUGACUCUGCACCACUGGCAGCAGCUGGCCAAACCCAACCUGGGGGGCAUCCUCCACCCGCGCCCGGGCGUCCUGACUAAAGACUUCAAGGAGCUCGAGGUGGACGUCCAGCACGUGUACAGCCUGAACGACCUGGAGGAGGACGAGCCGGAGUUGGAGGGAGCGCACACCGCCGUCUCUCCAUCGGGCCCCCCCUCUCAUACCAUAGAUGUCCUCCAACGCCCCCCCCUCAUCCCCUCCUUCUCCACCCGGCUUCGCUCUCUCAGCCUGCCGUCUCGUUGGAACCGUGACCACGUGAGCCCCUCCCACCCUCCGGCCGCCCCCCCUCUGGGACUCCUUGAGCUCCUGCGGCAGCGCGGCAUCUCGGCCUCCCCGAAUCCACUCGGCGACCGGCGUCAUGGUGUGCGGGGCGCACGACCCACAGUGGAGGACGAGGGAGGGGGGAGGAACUCUUCUUUUAGCCUGAACUUGGUGCAGAAGCUCCAGAACCUCGGGCUGCACAGAGUGGCAGCGUUGGGGAU